CAGCGUUGUGCCGAUGCGUCCUUUCCGUCUAAACAGCCAAGAUGAGAGUCGGGCUUUGCAUAUUCAGCGGGUUCAAGAUAUACCCAGGCCAUGGGAAGACCGCCGUGAAGGCCGACGGCAAGACCUACACCUUCAUCCACAAGAAGGCUGAAAAGUCAUUCAACAUGAAGAGGAAUCCUCGUGAAGUCACCUGGACUAUCCUCUACAGGCGUAAGAACAAGAAGGGUCAGGAUGAGGAGACAGUCAAGAAACGCUCCCGCCGCACCCACAAGUUCCAGCGGGCCAUUGUUGGUGCCUCUUUGUCUGACAUCAUGGCAAAGAGGAACAUGAAGCCUGAAGUCAGGAAGGCCCAGCGGGAGCAGGCUAUCAGGGCUGCCAAGGAGAAGAACAGGGCCACAAAAAGCGCCAAGGCAAAGACGGCCACACAGAGCAAGGCGAAGCAGCCCAAGCAGAAGAUGAAGGUGCCCAAGGCGAAGGCGAUGCCCAAGCAGGCCCCGCGUGUGGGCGGCAAGAGAUAAGGCCGGCUCGCUUUCACGUAUAAUUUCCAACCGCUGCAAAAAUACACGCAAACAAAUAA